AUGAAGCUCGCGACCUCCGUAAUGACCGUCCUCGGUCUCGCCUCCGCCAGUCCCCAUUACGGGGCUGGCGAUAUCUCCCACUGGAUCCCUCCCAGUGCAAGCGAUUACCGAGGCCCCUGCCCGAUGAUGAACACGCUCGCAAACCACAACUUCCUCCCCCACGACGGGCGCAACAUCACGCGCGACAAAGUCAUCGACGGCCUAGGAAAGGCACUGAACUUCAAUGCCACACUCGCCUCGCUGAUGUUCGACAUGGCCAUCGUUGUUAAUCCCGAGCCUAAUGCGACGUGGUUUACUUUGGACCAGUUGAACCAGCAUAACAUCCUCGAGCAUGACGCUAGCCUUAGUCGAACGGACGCCUUCUUCGGCAACAGCCACAUCUUCAACGCCUCCAUAUUCGCCGAGACAACAUCCUACUGGACGAAUGACACCCUGACGCCCGCCAUGCUGGCGAACAGCAAGCUCGCGCGGCAGAUUACCUCGCGCGCAUUUAAUCCAACAUACACGUUCACCGCAUCCACAGAACAGUUCAGCCUCGGCGAGGUUGCAGCGCCUAUUGUCGCCUUCGGGAGCUUUGAUAACGGGACCGUGAGCAGGGAGUUGGUGGAGUACUUCUUCCGACACGAGCGGUUCCCAACCGAGCUGGGCUGGAGGACGCGUGAUGAGGUCGUGCAGUUGAUGGAUGUGAUGAAGAUCUCUAGCAUGAUUGGGAGCGAGACGGACUUGCUUACGGGGGAGGAGAGUUCGGCGGGGAAGGCGAAGAGGGCGGAUAUGGUUAGGAGGGGGGAUUUGCAUGCGGGGUUUAAGUGGUGA